AUGAUUCGGAUCACUUUGGCUAUCGUCCUCGCAUCCGCCUGCUCCAUUUUCGGCGCCCUCUGUCUUUCCGCUUCCAUUCUUGUCGGAAUAAAUGAGUUUCACGGUGCGAUAGUAGAAGAUUUGGAUGAUUUCAAAGUAAGUUAUCAAUUGAAAAGACAGACGGAGUGGGGAAAAUAUUCAGGGACACUUUGACGACGCCUGGAAAACAAUGCAAAUGACGGAAGGAGAACCGCUGAGAAUACUGGCCAGACGGGCAGUCACGAGAGGUAGAAAACAGGUGAGAUGGGAGUAGGAAUUAGGUGAAACCGAACGGAGCAAUACAGGCCGGAUAUGAGUUCGACGGCGGACAGUCUGUUGGACAGGGAUCUCAAGGAUGCAGUGAGUGGGAAAGCGAGCAAGUCAGUAGAGAUUAAUUUGUUGCAGAUUGUGGAACGACGGCUUCCGGAUGUCCUCCGGGACCUCCAGGGUCUCCGGGUGAGGACGGAGAGAAGGGAGAGCCGGGAGAAGCCGGAACUGACGGAAAACCAGGAAUGGAUGCUAUGAAGCAGGUGGCGAUGGAUUAUUCCGGAGGCGAGUGCAUCAAAUGCCCGGCCGGAGCACCCGGACCAGCAGGACCAGCAGGACCUCCUGGAUUCGAUGGCCAGCCGGGAUUGCCAGGGUUGGACGGAGAGGGACCGACUCCAGGACUUCCGGGACCACCAGGUCCUGCUGGACCACAAGGACCCACAGGACGACCAGGAUGCGAAGGAAAGGAUGGUCCGCCUGGAGAGCUCGGACACAGAGAAAUGCAUGUUCCGGGCCCAGUAGGACCGCCAGGACCGCCAGGACCAGCUGGGCCAGAUGGAGAAGACGGAGAGGAUGCAGAAGGAGAGCCAGGAGAGCAAGGACUGAUCGGUGUGUCCGGAAAUCCUGGGAAGGCAGGAGGAGACGGACUCCCGGGGACAUUGGGGGACGACGGACAGCCGGGCGACGAUGCGCAGUAUUGUCCGUGCCCUCCGAGAACUCCGAUCGGAGAGGGCAAGAACGACGGGGGUGGAUAUUUUUACUUCAAGUCAUGA